AUGGCUGUAUUCAGUUCUUUAAAAACUUCAAUUACAAAUUCUGUUAAUAAAAUGAUGAAUAGAAAAUCUAAAGAUAUUUCACUAGAUAAAAAUGAACUUGAGAAUAUUCAUUCAACAACAUCACAAAACCAAACAAAAUCAAAAAUAUUUUUUUGGGGAAAUAGUAAUAAAUGCCGAGUUAAUACAUCAUUAUCAACAUCAAAUAACUCAAGUGAAAUAAAUUCUCCAGACUCAUCAAAAAGUGUUUAUUUUCAAGAAUGUAUUACUUGGCCAUACAUUGAUGAAGAUUGCUGA